AUGGCGUCCUUUCCACCAAAAACCCCGUUGAUUAUGAUCAUCGGCGCAACCGGCACUGGCAAGUCAAAGUUGGCUGUAGAAUUAGCCACUCGAUUCAAUGGCGAGGUCAUCAACUGCGACGCGAUGCAAAUGUACAAGGGACUUCCGAUCAUCACCAACAAAAUCCCAGAGGCCGAACGGAAUGAGAUUCCCCAUCACCUGCUCGACUUCAUCGGCCUCAAGGAGAAACUCUGGACGGUUCAGCAGUUUGUCAAGGAGAGCUCCCGCAUUAUCGAUGAGAUUCGAGCCAGAGGCCGGCUUCCUAUCGUAGUAGGCGGGACAAUUUACUACACGUUUUCUUUGCUCUUUGAGGAUGCUCUCCUUGCUCCCCAACAGGACAAGCACCGGCCAGAGCCUGAUGCAACAGACAACAACGAAGAGUUUCCCAUCUUGUCGGCGUCUACAGAGGAGAUUCUGGCAAAGCUCCAGGAGGUGGAUCCUGAAAUGGCGAAGAGAUGGCAUCCAAACGACCGGAACAAGAUCCGGCGGUCUCUGCAGAUAUAUUUGCAAAGUGGCAAAAAAGCCUCGGACAUUUACGCUGAACAGCGUCAAGCUGCACUAGACGCUGACAGUGACGCCCUGGGUGAGCGUCAAAUGAACCUGCGUCAUCCCAGCCUGCUCUUAUGGUUGGAAGCCGACGAUGCUGUACUGAAGCAGAGGCUGAAUGACCGGGUUGAUGCCAUGGUGCUAAGUGGGCUGUGCAACGAGGUGUUGCAGAUGGCAAACUUGGAAGAGGAAUUGAAACAGGAGGUAGGGCCGGUUGACCUCGCCGGUGGUAUCUGGCAAUCGAUCGGUUAUAAAGAAAUGAAGCCCUGGCUUGAGUUGCAUCAAGGACGGGAUGCCGAUCCUGCCAAAGUGAUGCUAGCAGAGCGUGAGGGUAUAGACGCCAUUAAAGCAAGCACCAGGCGCUAUGCAAAGCGUCAGAAUCGGUUUGUUAGAAUUCGGCUGGCAAAAGCAUUGAAAUCUUCCCGAAAGCUUGAUCGGCUAUUCCUUCUUGACUGUACCGAUCUGGCCAGCUGGGGCACCACAGUGGCAGCGCCUGCACAAGCCCUUGUGAACGCAUUCCUCAAAGGAGAUGAGCUGCCGGAGGCGAAGUCUGUCUGCUCCAUGGCGGAGAGAGUACUCUCACAGAUCGAGGAGGACGAUUUCGAUGAUGUGCGCGAAGCCAGGACUUGCCAAGUGUGCCAAAAGACACUCAUGACGGAGAAAGAAUGGCGAGUACAUCUUGCUAGUCGCAGCCACAAGAAACUCGUCGCGUGGCGCCGUAACCGGGAGUCGAUACCGGUCAAGGAAGGAGAUGGAAACCAAGAGGUCCAGAUACCGACUUCUCCAGGCUGA